AUGUUUUUAAUUAGAAUAUUAAUUAUAUUUAUUUGUAUUCUGUUGGGCGUUGGGUUUUUAACUCUUUUGGAACGAAAGGUUUUAGGUUAUAUUCAGAUUCGUAAAGGCCCUAAUAAGGUUAGAUUUUUAGGGAUUCUUCAACCUUUGGGUGAUGGACUAAAAUUAUUUAGAAAAGAGCAGGUAUUUCCUUUAAUAUCUAAUUUUUUUAUUUAUUAUUUAUCUCCUGUUUUGAAUUUGUUUUUAGCUCUUCUUAUUUGGCUUUGUAUGCCAUUCUGGGCUGGUUUUUUAAAUUUUAAUUUUGGUGUUUUAUUUUUUUUGUGUUGUUCUAGAUUAGGGGUUUAUACAAUUAUAUUAUCGGGUUGGUCUUCUAAUUCUAUUUAUUCUUUACUAGGUAGAUUACGUAGUGUUGCUCAAACAAUUUCUUAUGAAGUGAGAUUGGCUUUGGUUUUAAUGUCUUUUUUAAUUUUGGUUGGGAGGUUUAAUUUACUAGGAUUUUUUAUAUUUCAAUAUUAUAUUUGGAAUUUGUUUGUAUUUUUACCAUUAGCUCUGGUUUGGUUUGUUACUAGAUUGGCUGAGACCAAUCGUACUCCUUUCGAUUUUGCUGAGGGGGAAUCAGAGCUAGUUUCUGGGUUUAAUGUUGAGUAUAGAGCUGGAGGAUUUGCUCUAAUUUUUCUUGCAGAGUAUGCUAAUAUUUUAUUUAUAAGUAUAUUAUUUUCUUUAUUUUUUAUAGGUGGUGAUUUUUUUAGUUUAUUAUUUUUUAUUAAAUUGGUUUUUAUUUCUUUUUGUUUUAUUUGAGUUCGUGGGACUCUGCCUCGUUAUCGUUAUGAUAAAUUAAUAUUUUUGGCAUGGAAAAGGUUUCUUCCUGUAUCUUUAAAUUUUUUUAUUUUUUAUUUAGGAGUAAAAUUAAUUUUAUUUUCUUAUUUAAAUUAA